GCCUCCGAGGGACGGCGGGGCGGGUCGGGAAGGUUCCUGGUGGGUAAUCGUGCGUCUAUCAGCUGAGGGAAAUCCGCCGCCGCGCGAUAAGGUGCCGGAGCUGGGACGCCCGGGUGCCUGUGUGGAGCCUGUCUCACCGCUGCUCAGUGCCAGGCCAGACGCGGUGUGCUUCAUCAUCAUUAACGACAAGAACAACAACAGAAACAAAGGGAACAGAACAGGAAGUAAUAAUAAUAAGCAAAACAAGAACAGUACAGUUACCCUCACCUGCGCAAGCUUUUACAGGUGCCAAAAGGUGAACGAGCGGAGAGAAAUAAUAAACUCAAGCAAACCAGAUCACGGAAACAGUUGGCUCUCUCACCUACAAAGAAUGCAGACGAAAAACAAAUAACUACAAAGAAAAUAAAUAGAAACAAAAGUGACGAAGCUGAUUAUAUUCACAUCAACCUAACGAAAACAAAUAAUAAGAAAUGGAGAAGAUAACUUAAACGGUGAUAAUAAAAAGAGAGAAAGUGUGAAGAAGAUAAACUCACCGUAGAAGAAGAAGACGAGGAGGAGGAGGUAAAGGAAGAAUAACUAGGCAAAGGAAGGACGAGGACGUACAGUACAGGACCCCAACGUGACCAUGACAUCGGCUGGAACGUGAAAAGUCUCGAUUUGUCACCCAUCCGAACCCUCAAGUCUCCAUUCAGGAUGUAUACCCUCACCUUCUGGAACCGCGUGGGCAUCAUCUUCAUUGCCCUGGCGGUGGUGGCGGCGGCGGGCGUGCUGGUGGUGUGCGUGGUGAAGCCUGGCUGCUGGCUCAACACACUCAUGCUUGGUGAGGAGGAACGAAGGAGACGUCAGAAGGAGCGCAUGAGCCUUGUGGUACCCGGCGCUGCCCCGACCCUAUGCCUGCCGCCUCUCGCCCAGCAAUCUCCGUCCCGCCAGGUCGCCAACCUACCGGAGCUGCCCUUCCAGACGAACAGCGCCCCGACCUACACCAAGCAAAGCCACAUUAGUCCCCAGCACGGCACACAGGAGUCCAACACCCUCCUCGGCUCCCUCUCCUCCAAGCGGGACUCCACCUACUCCUCCAUGUCCGAGUACUCCGGCAGGACCUCGCCCACCAACUCCUGCAGGAGCAGCGUGGGGGACAGCGUGGGCAGCGGCGUGGGCAGUCCUGUGGGGGGAGAAGCCCAGGGUCACCUCUCCUUCGGCCUGCAGUACGUGGUCACCAGCCCCGAAUCCAACAGCGGCAAGCUCGUCAUCACUGUCUUGGAGGCGAGGAAUCUGGCUGGGCGGGAGUACUUGGGGAACGCCUGCGACCCCUACGUGAAGGUGGUUGUGUGGCGCGAGCGGAGGUCCCUCAGGAAGCAAAAGUCCCCGCCGCUGCACGUGUUUCGGACGCGCACUGUUAGGCACACGCAAGACCCCGCUUACAACCAGUCCUUCGUGAUGGAGGUGACCAAGCCUGACCUCAAGGAGCUCGUGGUGAAGAUGGUGGCGAUGGACUCAGACAAAUGGGCAAGUCCGACGACGGUGGGCGAAGUGACGCAGCCGCUCCGGGACAUCAAGAACCUCGCCAACCUGGACCAGCGCACGACUUUGAACUACUUCCUGGCGCCCCCGAAGCUGGAACUCGGGGAGGUGCUCUUCGGCCUCAGCUACCUGCCCACGGCCCAGCGUCUCUCCGUCUCCGUCAUCAAGGCUCAGAACCUCAAGUAUUCCAACGUGGUGGACGACCUUAGUGACUUCUGUCCCUACAUCCGAGUGCUCCUCAUCAGCGGGUCUGGCCGAGUCCUGAAGAAGAAAAAGACCACCUGCAGAUCCCCCUCAGCCUCACCGAUCUGGAAUGAGACCCUCAUCUUCGACCUGCCCCAGACCCAGGUGGAACACGUGACCUUCCUCUUGGUGCUGUGUACGAGGCCGCAGCAGCAGCAAACGCCCCCAGACACAGGCGACACUUCCUUCACUUCCUCCAUGUCUUCUGAGAACUCCCAGCAUUACCACCUCUCCCCGGUGGCGCCUUCUGACCUCACCGCCUCGUCGGAGCACUCGAGGAAGCAGGACCGGUACCUCGGGAAGCUGGCGUUGGGGUGCCACGUGCGAAGCGAGGAGCAGAGACAACACUGGCUCUCCGUCAUGAGCGCCCCGCGGAAGGUGGUAUCGCAGUGGCACGCCCUCAAGUAGACAGCAGAUGGAGGGCAUGAUGGUAGAGGAGAUAAGACGAGACAUGAGUGGACUUGGCGCGUGGCACUUAUAUCGAAAUGGGAGACAGUGAGAUUGUGGCCUUGAGGAAGUGGUUGUAUGUGUGUGUGUGUGUGUGUGUGUGUGUGUGUGUGUGCACCAAGAUGUCUGCUGGCCAGUGUUUAGGUGGUGGUGGUGGUGAUAGUGGUGAGGAUAAUGGUGAUAAUGACAGACGCCUUUAUAUCACUUCCACCUAAUGCCGAGAAGGUUUCCUAAAAGCCUUUCAGAGUGGUGGAUUCCGUGCUAAGUCUUAGUGUCUAGAAAGUCUGCAGUAAUUAAAGCUGAGUGGCUGGCGUGGUGGGGAGGGUCCGUGUCUCGACAUCAACGUAAUAAUUAUCUCCAGCUUGUCACUCUACUUCUUCCCCGUCCCCCUUCCCUCCCCUUUCCUUUCCUUUCCUUUCCCUUCCUUUCCUUUCCUUUCCGUUCCUUCCCUUUCCUUUCCCUUCCCUUCCUUUCCUUUCCGUUCCUUCCCUUUCCUUUCCUUUUCUUUCCUUUCCUUUCCUUUCCUUUCCUUUCCUUCCCUUCCUUUCCUUUCCGUUCCUUCCCUUUCCUUUCCUUUCCUUUCCUUUCCUUUCCUUCCCUUCCUGGCUAUCUCGUUCCUUCUGUCCUACCUCGGAACUGUACCGUAGUGUAGUGUAUGUAUAAUGUACAUAAUCACCUAUUAUUAUUUUGUGGGAUAUUUAUUGUGAUUAUUAUUGUUAUUGCCAUUAUUACUUGUAUAACUUAUUUGGGUGUGAUAUGUGUGUGUGUAUGUGUGUGUGUGUGUGUGUGUGUGUGUGUGUGUGUGUGUGUGUGUGUGUGUGUGUGUGUGUGUUUAGGCAGCAAGUGUUACGGGAGGCAGUUAUUAAUUAUUAAGAAAAUGUGGGAAUUGUACCAAAGGAGCUAUCAAGGUUCUCACGUCUGAUCAUCAUCAAUUUAUAACACACACACACACACACACACACACACACACACACACACACACACACACACACACACAC